GUCUGCUGCAGUUGUUGAAAUCAGUGCAGGCUGAUCUUUUGUUUGUGUGUGUGUGGUGUUUUAAUCCAGGGAAGAUCAUCUCCAUAGAAACUAGUGCUUUGCGAGCGACAGGCAGGCCUGGAUGGGAGGACCUGGUCAGGAAAUGUAUCUAUGCUUUCUUUCAGCCGCAGGGCAAAGAGCCCUCCCACGCCAAGAAGCUUUUGCAUGAGGUGAUGACACAUGGGACCGCAAUCAGCCCGCUCUACCAUUUCACUCUGAGUGAUGGCACUCCGCUUAGCGCUCAGACCCGCUGCAAGUUCUGCUGCCCCCCCAACCCUGAUGUACAGCCCUUCAUUAUGGGCAUUCACACUAUUGACAGGGAACACAACACUGCUAGCUCUCAGGAAAACACUAACCCCAGCCUUCCACCAACCCUCAGCGGUAUCGCCCAAACUCCCUCCCGCUCCCCUUCCCUCCCCCCCAGCAGUAAUUCAACCCAAGGCUCAAGUCUCGCCACCGCGGGCCUUCACACCAACAACAGCAAUGCCUCUUCCCACGGACAUAAUCCAGCCACGCCGACAGGCUACCUGACACCCAAUCGGACGAAUUGUCCCCAGCAGGUCAACAGCCCCUCUCCUUUGAGCAGCCCACUUACAGCAACCCCUACCUCUUUUAUGUCGCCCAGGAUGCCACGGGCCAGUCCUGGGUUAGGUGGGAGCCCUCGGGUACCAGGGAACCCCUUCUCUCCCUCCACACCUGGCCUCCAUUCCCCAGCUGGGGCUCUAAGCAGUGGAGGAAGCCUCAACAGGCAGCAGUCUAGUGGUGAUGGCAACAGUAGCGCAAGCAGUGGGUCAACAGG